CUACACAAAACAAUCACGAUGGAUCCAGGAGGUUUAGGGUUUGGAAAAAAUUGUCGAGUCCCAAAUAGUAAUUUCAGGUUUAGGGGAAAUACGAAAUGGCAAAUGUACAAACACAUAUGAAUAUUCAGAAUCUAAAGAAAACCAUUUGUUAGACUCCAUCAAUUUCAAUCCUUCAGAAAGUUUGAGACAACAAGAAGUUGUCAGUAUACAUUUACUAAAAUCCCACGUAGUAAUUUUAGGCUUGAGGGAAAGAAACUAGUAAUUCCUAGACUUCGAAUCCUUGAUCUUGUAGUUAUUUACAAAAGAAAAAAAAUGUUGUCCACUACACCACAAGUUCAUUUUUAUGAUAUUUAAAUAAUAAAUGUAUUUAUACAUCUAACAAACUCCAACUAAAUUGCUCAAUUUUAUCAGAAUCCUAAAUAACUGAAAACCAAUUUCUAUUUAUUGUAUCCCUCUCCUCCGAUCUCACGAAUUAAGAAAGAAGCAUCCUACUUAGCUCGAAGUGACUCCCUCUUCUUCUCACUUCUUCAAUUAUGCGAGACUCCCUUCCAGUAUGGUCAUUCCGACCUCUGAAAAUUAUUACCAAUGUGUUAAGAAUGAUGAGAGAUUUCAUGAAUUAAAAGGAAUUGAUGAAUUAGCUCAACUGGUGGUGAUGGCAAAAGUGAAUUUAACAUAUCUAUCAAUGUAUUUGCUUAUGGAAUUUAUAUUAGUUUUAUAGGUUGAAUCAAGAACAACCUCCAUCAUCGAAUAUUCAAUCAAUUUGUGAAUGAUUGUCUAGGAGGAUUUACUGAAAAAAAAUUGUUGAAUACAAUAAACAUUGAGUGAAUUUUAUAAAUUUUUAGAACAUAAAUGUAUUUUUUAAACUUAUACUAGUAAUGAACUCUCUUAAUUUAGAUAUUCUAUAUUAUUUAAACCAAUCAAAGGUAGAGAUGCUAGCGGAGAUGAGUAUUGGUCAUUUAGUAAGGAAAUAUACUUCUCAAAGACACCAUAAAAAAGAUUGUACCUAAGUAUCAAGCUAACAUUUAUGUAAAUGUAUUUUUCUAAAGAACAUUGGUCGUUUCAUUAAUAUGAAACACAGUGUACAGAGUUGUAACAACGCUAAAAGAAAGAGAGAAAAAAGCUCAUUGAACAAGAAAUCUAAAAAAUAAGUUUACAACAACCCAAAAUCCAAACGAAGCCCAAAGCAUGGUCCGGCGAAUAGUUGGACCCCCGAAGCCUACCCCAAGAAACUUUAAAUCAGCCGACCCAAAUUCGAGUGGUGGCCUUCGAUUGCAUCCCCGGAAGAUGUCGUUCCAGAAACAAUCUGGAGGGUUCUCAUCUCUGUGUCCAUAAGCUCAUUUUCUCCCUCAAGAUAGACAGAACAUUUUGAGAAUCCCAAUACCGAGACAAUCAGCAGAAGACAAGAGAAUCUGGGGAAGGGAUAAGUCUGGUCUAUACUCUGUGAAGUCGGCUUAUAAGGCGUUGAGAGCUAGCAAAGAGGCAGAAAUGGGAGAAAUCUACACCCCUAUUAACUGGGAUCGAAUUUGGAAGCUCCAAAUCCCUCAUAAAGUUAAAGUGUUUGCGUGGAGAUGGAUUCACAAUAUCUUACCAGCAUGAGCUAAUAUUCUUAAGAGAACGACUAAAGGGUGCGAUGAAUGUCCAUUUGUGGACAAGAGGAGACACAAAACCAUCUCUUUCAAGACUGUGGUUGGGUUAGGAGAGUUUGGUGCCCUAGUUCCUUAAAGCUUUGUUUCGAGAAGGGUAAGGAUCUAACUUGCGAAGAGUGGAUGGUGGCUCUCCAGGAGGCCGAGUCUGACGAGCAGAUAGCCCAAUUUCUGGUGGCCCUCUGGUUCAUAUGGGGAGAAUGGAACAGUCAGUGUUGGAACAAGAAGAAAUUGGAAGAAUUUGAAAUAAUGGGAAAAGCGGAGCGUUGGUUGGCUGAGUACCUGGAAUAUCAGCAAAAAGGAUCGAAGAUGGCUCCCAGGCAGGUGGCCCGAUGGAAACCUCCAGACAUUGCCGCUUUCAAGUUCAAUGUCGACGCAACGACGUUUGCCGGAGCUGGCACCGGGUUGAGGGUUGUGGUUCAGGAUAGAAAUGGGGGUUUUGCUGUGCUGCAGUUAAAAGAACAAGAAUUCAAUGGCCAGCGGAAUUGGUUGAGUUGCAAGCUAUAAAGUUUGGAUUAGAGAUUGCGAUGGAUAAGGGUUUUGUGCCUAGAGAAAUUGAUUCGGAUUGUCUCAGGUCUAUGCAACAAAUUGAAAAGGAAGAGAUGUCGAUGACGGAGGAAGGAGUGGAGAGCGCUGAAGUGCGAGAGAUGAUCGACAAUUUCGAUGGGUCGAUGGAGAUCCGGUUUGCGGGCCGAGAAAGCAAUAAGGCGGCCCACACUAUGGCACAUAUCCAAUAUGGGUGGGAUGAAACUGAACUUUGGGCCUCUAGGCCACCAAUUUUCCUGGUGGACCAACUUAUCCUUGAUUCCCGUAAUAUUUCACAUUAAUGAAAUAAUACAGGUUGU